AAUUUCUAUUAUAAGCAGAUUCGAUUGUAUGAGAAGUUUGCCCUACCUGUAUUAACUUAAAAGAAAAAGAAAAAGACAGAGGUUGCCCCACUGUAAAGACCCAUAGCCUGAAUUUGCAAACAUUUUACGGUAAAAAACUGUAGAUCGAGUAUUAAAGAAGAAGAGUAGAUCGAAACGCGGAGGAGACCAGAUCCUACGUAUCUCACUCCAACCUAAAUCUAUGGCCAGAAGCGAAGGGCAAAGGUGAAAUUGUGGGAAUCAGGGAGCAGGGCUGGUGUGUUGGAGAGAAGCAAAAGUGAAAAAAAAGAUGUGGCGAUUGAAGCAAUUGAUGCCCAGCAGGGGAGCGCUGGAAGGGAAAACGGUGGAAGUGGGGACGCUGAAGCUUCAGAUUCGUAGUACCAUAGCGGAAGGAGGGUUCUCCUGCGUCUAUCUGGCGGUGGCCAGGGAGGCUGGGAAGCAGUACGCGGUCAAACACAUAAUCUGCAACGAUGAGGAGUCUCUGGAUCUAGUCAAGAAGGAGGUGGCAGUCCUGAAGGCCCUGCGUUCUCAUCCCAACGUAGUGCGCCUCCACGCGCAGACGGUCUACGAUUUGGGCAGAACGAAGGAGUGUUUUCUCGUGCUCGAUUUCUGCGACAAGGCGUUGAACAAUGUGCUCGAAAAUAGGGGCUCUGGCUACUUCGAUGAAAAGCAGAUCCUUCUUAUCUUUCGUGAUGUUUGCAAUGCUGUCUGUGCUAUGCAUUCGCUAUCACCUCCAAUUGCGCACAGGGAUCUGAAAGCUGAAAAUGUUCUAAUGGGUGCUGAUGGACUUUGGAAGCUGUGUGAUUUUGGCAGCACAUCCACAAAUCACAAACGAUUUGAAAGGCCUGAGGAAAUGGGAAUUGAAGAAGACAUCAUUCGGAAGCACACAACUCCAGCUUAUAGAGCACCAGAAAUGUGGGAUCUCUACAGAAGGGAGCUCAUAAGUGAGAAGGUUGAUGUUUGGGCUCUUGGAUGCUUACUAUAUAGGAUCGCUUAUUUAAAGUCUGCUUUUGAUGGAGAGUCGAAGUUACAAAUAUUGAAUGGAAACUACCGCAUUCCUGAGUUGCCAAAAUACAGUUCAUCAUUGACUGACUUGAUCAAGGACAUGCUGACAGCUGCUCCGGAAGCAAGACCGGACAUCAUGCAGAUAUGGUGUCGUGUGAAUGAACUUCUACCUUUUGAGCUGCGCAAACCAAAUCCAGAUAGGCCAUCGUCUAUGCCUGCAUCUGAGGUGCAUGCUCCUCCUCCUGCAGAUGUCCGAGACCAUGUUCCAACAAGGAGAGCUCCACCACAACCAUCUAGAUCGCCUCCCCCUCCACCUUCUUCAAAAGAUCAAGAUCAUCGAUCAUCACCGGUGCAACAGGACUCAAAGGCAGUGCAAGGCAGCAAUAGUGGGAGUGCUUUGGGUGCAUUUUGGUCAACACAGUAUGCACAGGAAUCUGGGUUUAUUGAUGAAAAAAUCCCUUCAUUUGAUAAGGAUCCUGGAAUUGAAGGUACCUUUAAGCAGAGGUCACAAAGCCCCGACACUCAUGCAAAGCAAGAUUCUGCAAGCGCUUCACAGGAACAUUUCUCCAAAACUGCACAUCUUUUGAAGAAAAGUGGUGUGUCAAACUUUAUGAAAAAAUUGCCUGGGUCAUCACAAUCAACAGCUGGGAAAGUAUUAGAUGAUGUUAAGUCAGAUACACAGAAUUUUAACUCUGAGGAUACUGAUGAGAAUGGGGAAUACUCAACUCGCUCCAAGGCAUCUGCAACAAAGACUUUAGCUUCAGAUUCUGACUUGCCUUUCCGGGAUGAUUCAUUCAAUGCAUUUGUGGCAGAAUUUGAUUACAACAAAUCUACAUCUGGAACUACUUUGUCUGAGGGAGAAAAUUUACAAGCAGAAGUAAACAGAUUAAAAGAAGAGUUGGGACGGUUGCGCAUAGAGAAAACAGAAAUAACAUCAAAAUAUGAAAAAUUGACAGCUAUCUGUCGUUCCCAAAGGCAAGAGAUCCAAGAGUUGAAACAAGCUUUGUCUAUGGGAGCUGCUCAGAAUGCUUCAGCAUUCAACAAAGAUCAGAUGCAACGUCCAGGCCCUGGAAGCUUGCAGUCAGGCAAUCAGCUACAAGAAAAGAUAGAGGGUUCUAUUUGGGAACUGCAAGACGGCAUUACCUCCAAUAACUUACCAACAAAGGUGCUUGGCUCAAAAGGAUGGCAAGCAUUUUCAGAGGCACAACCAACUAAUUUGUCAAAUAUCCAACCAUCUGCUGCAAGAAUGUCAAGUCAAGCCCCCAGUGGAGGGAAUGCCAAUAUUGAUAACACGGUGAUGGGUUCAAAUGGGUACCAACGUCAACAGCAUGGGAGCAGUGCUAGCAUCACCGGAGGUGAUGAUACUUGGGGUUUUGUUCAGGACAAAUUUUCUUCAAUCAGUAACAUUAAUAACCUUCAAACAUCUAAAUUGUCUAGCCAGGCUAGCUCCCAAGAUGAUAGCAGAGGAAAUCCAGCAGUUCCCAAUUCAAAUGUUUCCAAAUCUGUGGGCCGCAGUGUACGGACUUCGACUCACUCCCAACCUGCAGGAUGGGCUGGUUUUUGAGGAUUAAUUAAGAUUGUGAACUGGGUUUCCUAAGAUGCGUGGUUUAAGAAUUUGGAAACAUACGUUGAUAUUUAUGUAAAAUCUUCUAUUUGCUUAUUAAGAGUUGCAUUGUGGUGUUUGAGACACUAACGUUCAAGAUGUCUGGCUGCAUAAGAUUUAUUUAGUGCCCCUCGGAAAUUUUAAAAUGCAAGAGCUUUCUGGCUGCAUAAGAUUUAUUUAGUACCCCCUUAGAAAUUUUUAAGUGCGAGAGCUUUCUGCUUUCAGACAAUUUAUUUGGUGCUGAUGGAUCGAAUUCUAAUUUUAGAUUUGCUUCA